AGACCGCAUCCGCUGGUCUAGGCUGUAGGAUGGUAGCGCACAGCAAGGUGUCAGCAGAUAAUGCAGUUGCAGCAGACCCAAGACGUCUACUCGACCCUCCGGCACGGGAUCGCUCACAGGCUCGAGGCUACCACGGCCCAGGCCGGCCCAGCACUGUGCAGGCACAGAGCAACACGCACUUCCGAACCUUUCGCUCGCAAGCGGAUUUUAGUAGCAUCACUCGAGCAAGCAGCCUGCUGGAUGCCUGUGGCUUCUACUGGGGACCUCUGAGUGUCAGUGCUGCCCACGAGAAGCUGAAGUCGGAGCCCGAGGGCACCUUCCUCAUCAGGGACAGCACACAAAAGAAUUGCUUCUUUGCCAUCAGUGUUAAGACUGCGACUGGGCCCACCAGCAUCCGGAUAAACUUUCAGACUGGACGUUUCAGCCUGGAUGGCAGCAAAGAGACUUUUGAUUGUCUUUUUAAACUGCUGGAACAUUACCUAAGCUCCCCGAGGAAGGUACUGGUUACCCCCCUGCGCAAGGUCCGUGUGCAGCCCCUGCAGGAG